AAAGAAUGAAGCGCAGGCUGCAAGCGCCGCGACUCUGAGCGGCGCCGGCGAUCCGGGCGGUCGGUGGGUCGUCUGCGCUGCUCCGCGGAUCCAUGUAGCGUCCAGGCGGCCGCUGGGCGCUCUCACGUCGAGGCGGCCUCUCCGCUCGCCUCUUGCUGGGGCCCAGCCUCGUGAAGCAGCCAGCUAGCCAGCGUCGCCCUCCCUCCGGCCAGCGCUUGGGCAGCUGGCGGCGUGCCUGCCCCUCGGGCCGCGGGACUCGCCAGGCACGCACUCACCCCGUCGGGCGGCUAAAAUGAGCGAGAGGAGGCGCUCGGCAGUGGCCCUCAGCUCGCGAGCGCACGCCUUCUCCGUGGAGGCCCUCAUCGGCUCGCACAAGAAGAGGAAGCUCCGCGACUGGGACGACAAAGGCCUGGAUUUGUCCAUGGACAGCCUCAGCCCCGACGGGCAGCUGCCGGACGCCGACGACCCCGCCCAGUGCCUGGACCUCAACGCCAACGAUUCAGAGCAGAGUACGGGUUCAGACACUGAAGCAUUGGCUGAGAGGACAUCCUGCUCCUUUGACACACACUCUGACCUCACAUCCGGCGGCCCCAUCUCUCAACCACCUCCUACCUCAUCCAUGGAGGAGAUCCAGGUGGAAUUGCAGUGUGCUGACCUCUGGAAAAGGUUCCAUGAUAUUGGCACAGAAAUGAUCAUCACUAAAGCAGGCAGGAGAAUGUUUCCUGCAAUGAGAGUGAAGAUUACCGGACUGGACCCCCACCAGCAGUAUUACAUCGCCAUGGACAUUGUGCCUGUGGAUAACAAGAGGUACAGGUAUGUGUAUCACAGCUCCAAGUGGAUGGUAGCGGGCAACGCAGACUCCCCUGUGCCUCCAAGGGUUUAUAUUCACCCCGACUCGCUGGCAUCUGGGGACACCUGGAUGCGGCAGGUUGUCAGUUUUGAUAAACUUAAACUGACCAACAACGAGCUAGACGACCAAGGCCAUAUAAUCCUGCACUCAAUGCACAAGUAUCAGCCCCGCGUCCAUGUUAUCCGCAAAGACUUCAGCAGUGACCUGUCUCCCACAAAGCCAGUCCCCACAGGUGAUGGGGUGAAAACCUUCAACUUCCCAGAGACUGUCUUUACCACCGUCACUGCUUAUCAAAACCAGCAGAUUACACGAUUAAAAAUUGACCGGAAUCCAUUUGCAAAAGGGUUCAGGGAUUCUGGAAGAAACAGAACUGGCCUGGAGGCCAUUAUGGAAACAUAUGCAUUCUGGAGGCCUCCCGUGCGCACGCUCACCUUUGAAGAUUUCACCACCAUGCAGAAACAACAAGGGGGCAGCACAGGAACUUCUCCCACCACAUCCAGCACAGGGACACCUUCCCCUUCUGCAUCCUCUCACCUUCUCUCUCCAUCAUGCUCGCCGCCGGCCUUCCACUUGGCCCCCAACUCUUUCAAUGUCGGCUGCCGGGAGAGCCAGCUGUGCAACCUAAACCUCUCUGAUUAUCCUCCAUGCGCAAGAAGCAACAUGGCCGCCCUGCAGAGCUACCCAGGGUUGGGCGACAGCGGAUACAACCGGCUGCAGAGUGGUGGUGCGCCUGCCACUCAGCCCUCUGAAAACUUCAUGCCUCAGCGGACUCCAUCUUUGAUCUCAGGGAUGCCGGCUCCUCCUUCGCUGCCCAGCAAUGGCAAGAUGGAAGCUUACGGUGGCCAGCUGGGGUCAUUCCCGACUUCGCAGUUCCAGUAUGUCAUGCAAGCUGGCAACCCUGCCUCCACCUCAUCUUCCUCACAUAUGUUUAGCGGUGGCCACAUGCAACAGAGCUCCUACAACGCCUUUUCCCUUCACAACCCUUACAACUUGUAUGGAUACAAUUUCCCAGCUUCUCCGAGGUUGGCAGGAAGCCCCGAGAAACUGGCCAACACCCAAAGCACUUUACUCUGCUCCUCGCCUUCCAACGGGGCCUUUGGAGAGAGGCCAUAUCUGUCGACGGGAAUGGAUCAUGGGAUGCAUGUGAUCAGCCCGCCCGGCAACAGCCAACCACCAGCCAACGCUUGCGAUAAUAGACAAUACGGGGCUGUCCCAGGGUCCUCUUCACAAAUGUCAGUGCACAUGGUUUAACUGGUGCUUGGAGUCACCAUCCUGGUCGACAGUGAGCGAGGAUCUCGUCAUUUCUAUGGGAGAUCUCAUCCCUGUUGCUUUACAACUUUUGAAAAAGGACUUGUUUGUGAACAAUGAAUGGAAACACAAGCCAUCCUUAGCUAGAUCCCAAAGAACCUGAUAGCAGCAGACUGGAAUCAAGACCGUCAUGUAACUGAGUGGCUUCUGUUCCUAAUGGAUUUAAAAAAAAUAAACAAAGAAAAUGGCAUUGGUUGCAGAAAACCUGGGGUGGGGUGGGGAGACCUAUAUAGUAUAUGCAUUAACUAUCUGAACUUGGUGCGAACUGUUCACAACAGAGGAAGUCCAGUGUGGGUGUGCUGUUCCUUCUGUUUCCCAGCUCCAAGCAACAAGACGUCGUUUCCUAGAUCUGCACUGCCAGUAAGAGGCCCUUGUUGUAACAUCACCAUCUUUCCCUAUCUUGUCAUCUCCAGUCGUUAAGUUGAAUCUACGGCUUUCUCUCACCCACUGUAGGAAAAGAACAUUGUGUUUGAAGUGGGCAUUUUCUUCCUUGAGUAAUUUUUUUUGGCGUUCUUGCUGUUGGGGGCCUUUCACUCUCUCUAGACGACAAUAAUUUUCCUAACGAAAGCAUGUCAUUGAAAAGAGGGCGAAGGAGGAUUUAAACCAUUAAAAAAGGUUUUCUUUAACUUUGCAGGGAAAGGCUUCUGUUAAACAUGGUUGGUAGCAAAAAAAGAGGAGGAUCUCUGCUGCACAAGAUUCUGUGUUGAAAAUGCUGCGUAAGGGGAAACGGUGUUUACCGUAUUUUUCCGUGCAUAAGACACCCCAUGUAUAAGGUGGCCUCUAUUUUUUUAAACCCCAAAUUAAGAAAUUAAGUUGUUUAGCUUUUUGGGGGAGGGGGGUCACUUCUGCCAAUCGCUCACCUGCCUGCCCGCCACUGCCGAUUGCACACCUCGCCGCAACCGCCAAUUUUCUGCCCUCUCGCCACCACCAACAGCCCACCCACCCACUUGCCGCAGCUGCCAAUCACCUGCCCAAUUGCCACAGCCAAUCGCCAGCAGGCCUUGCCGCAGCCAUCAAUCACCCGCCCCCUCGCUGCUGCCAAUCUCCUACUUGCUGCUGCCAUUAAUCGCACAUCUCCCCUCUGCAUUCACUAUUUGUGUAUAAGACGACACCCAAUUUUUGCCUAUUUUUUAAGGCAAAAAGCACCGUUUUAUACACGGAAAAAUACGGUAAUUGUACGUACGUUCAGUGCCUUUGAGCUAUUGAUAGCCUAAGUAACAUUAGCAAAGCCAUAGCAAGGCAUGCUUAAAAUAUAUAUCACUCAGAGGAGUCAACUGGAAGGGAAGGAAGUCUCCAGACUGUGAUAAUGUCGAAUGACGAGUUCUGUAAGAGGCUAGGCCUGUUCUGUGAAAGUAUGCAGUCUAACCCCAGCCAUCUUGCAUGUACCAGGGGAGUGGUGAAAGCUAGUUAUUAACAUCAGGGGAAAGUCUUCUUAUCCCCUGCCCAGCUUGCCAACUGGACCAUCAAGUCAUGGCCAAUUUUCUUUCUUUCUAAAGUACUGUCCUCUUCUGGUUUUACUUCAGCUCUUUUAAAAGUAAGCAAACAAGUGACGCUGAGCACGUGCUAAGAAGUUUUAAAGUCGUGUGGAAGUCUAAACGCUGAGCAACAGAAUACAGAAAUUGCAGUAUAGAGAUUUGUUUUGAUGUGUUGUAGAUAAAUGUAUUUAUGUCUCUAGCGUGUGGGGGAGGGAGGGGAAUCAAUAUUAUGAAUAUUAAAAGAGGGUAAUAAAUGGGUAUGUAAAAUAUAUAUUAAGAAAGAAAAUGUAUAAAGAUUUGCCCUCUGCAGGGGACUCUGUUUGUAGGUGCCAAGCACAUAACUAAUGCAAAAUAAACCUUUGUUCCUUU